UAUUCAUCAAGAAAGAAAAUGCCAACAAGUUCUUGGAAAGAACAAAACGUGCUAACUCUUUUUUGGAGGAAAUGAAGAAAGGGAACAUUGAAAGAGAAUGCAAUGAGGAGCGUUGCUCGAAAGAAGAAGCAAGAGAAGCCUUUGAAGACCAGGAGAAGACUGAGGAAUUCUGGAACCUCUAUGUAGAUGGGGACCAGUGCAGCUCAAGUCCUUGUCACUAUGGUGGACAUUGUAAAGAUGGAAUUGGUUCCUACACUUGUUCCUGCUUGGAUGGUUAUCAAGGCAAGAACUGUGAAUUUGUCAUACCAAAGUACUGCAAAAUAAACAAUGGUGACUGUGAGCAGUUCUGCAGCUUCAAGAGGAAUGUGCAGAAGGAUGUUGUGUGUUCCUGUGCAAAAGGGUAUGUUCUGGCAGAGGAUGGCAAACACUGUGUUUCAUCAGUAAAAUAUCCUUGCGGAAGAGUUUUUGUGAAAAGAAAAAAGAGGUCAGUUGUUUCACCUGCUGUUAAUGGCAGUGUAACUGGUGACCAAGAUGUCCCUCCCACAAACGGGACGAGCUUGGAGGAGGACAUGGUUGCUACCACAGAAAGCCCAACCCCUCCUCCUGGCAACGAAACGAGUGGCAAGACCAAUAAUGUCCACACCAGGAUAGUAGGUGGGGAUGAGUGUCUGCUUGGCGAGUGCCCAUGGCAGGCUGUUCUGUUAAACGAGAUGGGGGAAGAGUUUUGUGGUGGAACUAUUCUGAAUGAAAAUUUUGUACUUACUGCAGCUCAUUGUAUGAACCAGUCUAAAGAAAUCAAAGUAGUUGUUG